ACACAAAUCAUUUCUACGCAUGCCCCUUAUGCAUCUGCCAACGUCAAAGAUGUUAGGUUAGUUUUUGGAAAAACAACAAUAAAUAUAAGAAAAUGCUAAUUUCCUUGCGAAAUGACCAUAAAGAGCACUUGGGUCUUUUAACCAGCCAGUCGGUGCAAGUGUUAAUUGAUUUCUGCAAACUGGCAAUAGAUUUUCUGCAAAGUGGCCCCAACUUGAAGUUUUACGCUUCUGCGGCCGAGAAACUCUCGGUAGAAGUGGACGCGGUACAAAACUGCGUAUACGGUUUAGUUAAUUUGCUUCUGCUGAGUUGUAAACACAAGUUAAGUGAGGCUGACUUUAGAGACUCAAUUUUGACCCUUGGUUUUUCCCCGGAACAGGAAAAUAUUCUCCACAAAUUCUACGAAUCUAAAAAAGCGGAAAUUGCGCAAAUUUUGAAUAAACUCACAGUCAAUGAACCCCAUUAUGAUAAUUUAGAGUGGAGAUUUGAAGUUCAGGUGUCUAGCAGAAGUCUACACCAGCAAGUCGUCCCCUUAAUGACUCUAGAUUUGAGCUUAAAAACAUUAAAAGAUGAUGGUAGUGGGUACAAGAAAGAGCAUCAUUUGCUACAAACUGACGUUACCAACUUGCAACACAUAACACACGAAUUAGAAAAGGCACUGAACGAGUCAAGGAGCCGACAUUCGAGGAAAAUACAAAGAACUUUAGAUAAUAAAGUUUAAUUCUUUUGUAAGUGAAACACACACAUUACCACACAACCUUUCACCAAACAUUUUUAGUCUUAUAAAAAACUGAUAAAUAAUUAGGUCAUCUCA